CGGUAUUACUUGCGGUAGCUUGAUCAGAACUUCAUUAUAUUAUACUUGCAAGAAUGAGGAAAGUUGAAGAUGAUGUUGAUGAAUACGAGAGAUUGGUACGUGGUGCAGGUAUUCCGGGUGGAAGCGAAGCUCGAAAGAGAAAAGACAUGUCAAAUUUCGUUGACGAAUCUGCUGAAAAAAUAAUGACAGAUCUCGAUAACGAAAAUUGGUAUCACGGUGCACUGCCUUUAGAGGACGUAAUCUGUCUCAUAGCUACUCGUGGUGAUUUUUUGCUGCGUGCACUCGAGUCACAAGAUAAACGAGGACCAAUGCCUUGCCUAACAGUUCGCGUAAAUCAUCACGUAAAAGAUUUUCCCAUCCAUAGGAUCCAACAGGCUAAUUCUGUGUUCUUCACUAUCGAUGGUGCAAACAAAGCCGAAUCCGUAAUUGCUCUUAUUCAAAAGCACUUCCAUGAGGGAAUUCCUGUAUCCAGCGAUGUAUUUCUGACAAAGCCGAUACCGAAACAAGCCUGGGAGUUGUCAAAGGAUAAGAUACAGUUGAUACAGAAAAUAGGCGAGGGAGCUUUUGGAGAAGUAUGGAGAGGUAUCCUCAGACAGUUCCACAAGAAAAUUUCGGUCGCUGUCAAAGUAACUAAAGUGAAAGAAGAGAAUAAAGCCAUGAUGGAGGAGAUGCACAAAGAAGCCAGGUUAAUGAGACAAUACAAGCAUUUAAAUAUUGUCGCUUUCUACGGAAUGGUAAUAGAAAAUGAUAAUGUGAUGAUUGUUAUGGAAUUUGUAGUAGGAGGAGGUUUGGACCAUCACCUAAAAAGGACGAACGUAAGCAUCCCUGAUCGCUGCUCUUACGCAUUUGAUGUUUCCCUAGGAUUAUAUUAUCUCCACAACAAACGAUGCAUGCAUAGGGAUUUGGCCUGUAGAAAUUGCUUGGUUGACACACAGAAAAACAUAGUAAAGAUAUCUGACUUUGGACUGUCAAAGCAAGCAGAUAGAUAUCAGAUACAAGGAUAUGAAAGAAUACCAGUAAAAUGGCAAGCACCAGAGGUUAUAGCUACUGGUGUUUACACACGCGAAUGCGACGUUUAUUCUUAUGGUAUACUUGUGUGGGAAAUAUUUAACAAUGCCAAAAUGCCCUUUGAAGAAUACUCAAACAGAACUGUGCGACAACGGAUACGAGAGCCAAGAUUUCGUCCAGCACUGUCAAGAGACUUGCCAGAAGAUAUUCGAAUUAUCGUCGCAGCAUGCUGGUGCGCAAAACCUCAUUCUCGACCUGUUAUGAAAGAUGUAGCUUGGAUUUUGAAAAAAUACAUCAGACAUGUAGUUCCUGGAGAAUCUGUCAACAAGGCUCCUCCAGUUCCGUGUAAGCCUGUACCAGAUAGAUUGCUUAGGAAAGAUUUACCGGCAAGAAAGAGCAGAAUGGAUAUGCGAAAACAGCCCAGAACAGACCAGAGAAGGGGAACUUCGAUGCGAAGGGCAAAUGGAGACUCCUCGAGAAGACGUCGUUGA